AUGGAUGCUUCCAAGACCCCUACUAAGCUGGUGAAGGUGACCCGUGUCCUUGGCCGCACCGGUUCUCGCGGUGGUGUCACCCAGGUGCGCGUCGAGUUCAUGGAUGAUCAGACCCGUUCUAUCAUCCGUAACGUCAAGGGACCCGUCCGUGUCGACGACAUUCUCUGCCUGCUCGAGUCCGAACGUGAGGCCCGCCGUCUCCGAUAA